GGUCGCGGUUCCGGGUCGCUGCCCGCGAUCCCGGGCCGGGCUGGUGUGCUGGGCCGCCCUCGCCGCCCCAUGGAGUCCCAGUGCGACUACUCGAUGUACUUCCCGGCCGUGCCGCUGCCGCCGCGCGCGGAGCUGGCGGGAGACCCGGGCCGCUACCGGCUGCUGCCCCGGCGCAAUCACCUGUACCUGGGGGAGACGGUCCGCUUCCUGCUGGUGCUGCGCUGCCGGGGCGGCGCGGGGUCCGGCGGCGGCGCGGGCUUGGGCUCCCGAGGGGCCUGGGCAGAGCUGGCAACCGCCCUGGCCGCCCUGGCCUCGGUCAGCGCCGGAGGCGGGGUGCCGGGGGGCGGUGGCGCCGGCGACCCGGACCCCGAGCCCCCAGGGGGAGGGGACCCGGGGGGUGGGGGCCUGUUCCGAGGCUGCAGCCCCCUUCUCACUCACGGCCCCGGCCCUGCUACCUCAGGGGGAGCGACCACGCUGCCUGUGGAGGAACCAAUCGUGUCCACAGAUGAGGUCAUCUUCCCACUCACUGUUUCACUGGAUAGACUGCCCCCAGGGACGCCCAAGGCCAAGAUUGUAGUGACCGUGUGGAAGCGAGAGGUUGAGGCACCAGAGGUCAGAGACCAAGGCUACCUGCGCCUGCUGCAGACCCGGUCUCCCGGGGAGACCUUCCGGGGAGAGCAGAGCGCUUUCAAGGCCCAAGUGAGCACCCUGCUGACUCUGCUGCCCCCUCCCGUUCUGAAAUGCCGGCAGUUCACUGUGGCUGGAAAACACUUGACCGUGCUCAAGGUGCUGAACAGCUCCUCCCAGGAGGAGAUCUCCAUCUGGGACAUCCGAAUCCUCCCCAACUUCAACGCCAGCUAUCUACCUGUCAUGCCCGACGGCUCCGUGCUGCUGGUGGACAAUGUCUGCCACCAGUCGGGGGAGGUCUCCAUGGGCUCCUUCUGCCGGCUCCCCAGCACCUCUGGCUGCUUCCCCUGCCCGCUUAGCGCCCUGGAGGAGCACAACUUCCUGUUCCAGCUGAGAGGGGGUGAGCAGCCCCCUCCAGGGGCCAAGGAGGGCCUGGAGGUGCCCCUGAUUGCUGUGGUUCAGUGGUCGACCCCGAAGCUGCCCUUCACCCAGAGCAUCUAUACCCACUACCGCCUGCCCAGUGUCCGUCUGGACCGUCCCUGCUUUGUGAUGACCGCUUCCUGUGAAUCCCCUGUUCGGACCUACGAGCGUUUCACGGUCACCUACACGCUGCUCAACAAUCUGCAGGACUUCCUUGCUGUGAGGCUUGUGUGGACCCCAGAGCACGCACAGGCCGGGAAGCAGCUGUGUGAGGAGGAGCGCCGCGCCAUGCAGGCAGCCCUGGACUCCAUCGUCUGCCACACGCCCCUCAACAACCUCGGCUUCUCCCGCAAGGGCAGCGCCCUCACCUUCAGCGUGGCCUUCCAGGCCCUGAGGACAGGGCUCUUCGAGCUGAGCCAGCACAUGAAACUGAAGCUGCAGUUCACGGCCAGCGUGUCCCACCCUCCGCCUGAGGCCCGGCCACUCUCCCGCAAGAGCAGCCCGAGCAGCCCUGCCGUCCGGGACUUGGUGGAGAGGCACCAGGCAAGCCUGGGCCGCUCGCAGUCCUUCUCCCACCAACAGCCUUCCCGCAGCCACCUCAUGAGGUCGGGCAGCGUGAUGGAGCGCAGGGCCAUCACGCCCCCAGUGGCCUCCCCUGUCGGCCGCCCGCUCUACCUGCCCCCGGACAAGGCUGUGCUUUCUCUGGACAAGAUUGCCAAGCGCGAGUGCAAGGUCCUGGUGGUGGAGCCGGUCAAGUAGCACCACGCGGCGCUGCUCCCACGCACACUCCGGAAGCCCACAGCCCUGGAGCGGUCCUGGCUCGCAGGCUCUGCCUUCCGCUGUGGGCAAGGAGGCCCCGGAGGGCAGCCUGUCUGUGUCUGCUGAGGAGGGCUGAGGGCAGAGCGGGAACUGGGCGGGUGUGGCCGCAGUGUGAAGCCAACAGUAUUGCCCCGGUUCCCGUGGGGGGGGCUGGCCCCCCCCCCCAGGCCGGGGCGAGGGCCCCAGGAGCUCCCUUGCCCCCUGCCCUUUACCCUGGGUCUACGUUUACAAAGUGUUCUCCUCAUUCUUGUGUUCGUUCCCUCCCUCCCACCCGCAGGGCUGAGAUUAGAGGGUGGUGAUGGUAAAGGGACCCCGACAAUGACCCUCCUGUCUCAGGGGCUGGGGAGACAGCGAGGAGGCCUCCUCCUGCCCCUCAUGUUUACGGUGGCAGCCAGCCUGAAGCACUUUAAGUUGUGGUUUGUUGUGUUUUUUUGGGGUUUUUUUUUUUUUUUGGUCCGUCCUGUAACUUAUUCUCCGACUACUGCUUCCAUCUGAAGUAAGCCUAUUAAAUGCCUGUCCCGG